GAUAACUACCCCGGAAGUACCAAAGCAGCAGUGAAAACAUGUGAAGCACUGGACUUUGGCGACAGAUUGACCAUUUUAUUGAUUUUAAAACUCCGACACUUUCUGUUCUGAAAAGAAUACAUAGUAUAUAGACAUUGAACGUAAAUGUUGCGUAUAUUCUGCUUUCAGAGCUGUACAAAUCACACCAAGCCCUGGCUGUUUGCAUUUGUGGCUAACUAGGCAGCUGUUUUCAUGUCAACUUUUACUAUAUAUAUUUUUUUUCCAUCUUUGAUUGAAUACUAAAGAUGGCAUCGCAAAUGGAGACGGCAGCUUUGGUUGCUCCUGUCACAGCUCUGGAGUUCAUUCAAAACGAGUUUGUGCUCUCUGGUGAAGGUCCAGUGUUGACAGUUUACAGCCUUCAUCCUCCUAAAAGCUGUUCUUCACUGAGUGUCCUACAACACCAGAGAAUCCACGGGAUACGACCAAGAAGAGGAGAUGCAAAAGCACCAGCGCAAGAAAAAUCUGGACGAAAUCCAUCUUUUUACAACUUGGCAGUGUUUGGAGGCAAAGCUGUACGUCUCAUCCGACUCCAUCCAUUGGACCCGUUUCAAUUAGAAACCAUUCGCCCCAUUAUGGAGCUCCACGACUGGAUUCUGGAUGUCCGCUGGAUGUCUGGAGACCCACAUCCAUUCCUCUGUAUCGCUUUAGCACACAACAGUGCACUUCUCCUAGACACUGAAACAGAAACCACCCUCUUUCGGCAAUCAUGCUCCGAAGGCUGUCUUCUUUACUCUGCCCUAGUUUUAGCUCACAAAUCUUGGUCAGAUACAGUGAUUGUUGGAGGAACUGUUUUUAAUCAACUCGUAAUUUGGAAACCAGGAGAUGUAGCAGAAAGUCUUGAAUCAAAAUCCCCUGUUGUACGGCGUCUUUUGGGUCACAGCGGAGUAAUUUUUGACAUUUCAUAUUCGCAAAAUGAAGGAGUUCUUGCUUCCGCCUCGGAUGAUCGGAGUGUCCGAAUUUGGCAAAUUGGGAAUUUAGGAGGAAAUGGUGGACAAUGUGGCAAUCAGAAUCCAGUUUGUUUACACGUUUUGUACGGACAUCAGGCUAGAGUGUUUUCUGUAAGACUUUUGAAUUCCAAAGUUUUCAGUGCCGGAGAAGAUGGCACUUGCUUGAUGUGGGACAAUGGACAGGUUAUACAAACGCUGAAAGGGCAUAGGGCUGGAGGUGUACGCGCUUUGGCAAUCAGUUCAGAAAGUUGUGAAAAGGCUAUUUGGGUGGCGUCUGGUGGAGCGGAUGGCGGAGUGAGGCUGUGGAAGCUUGGAGUAAAGCAAGAUCAAGUAGAAGACAAUGAAGAGAAUUUAAAAGAUCUGAAAUUUCCUAUAGGCAAAAUAAACGCAAAAGAGUUGAAGAAACAAAAAGUGAAACAACAAGACAAGGGUUUGAGUUCAGAAAGUGUGAAAAAGCAACAUACAGCAGAUUAUUCAAAGGUAGAAAAUGAAUUUGCACUUCAAUUUGAUAAUGCUGAAACUGAGAAUAUGGUAAAUGAAAUGGCAGUGACAAUGGACAACCUUAAAAUGAGUGGAACCUUAGUAGAAAAGCAAGAAGACUGUCAAGGGACUCAGAAGAACCAAGACCAAAGCCUUCUUGACCGAAAAGUUGUGGAAGAUUCUUCAGACACUAUAAGCAAUUCAAAAGAUAACAUGGAUGCAAAACAAAAAGUCAAGAUUGUUGAUUCAGACUUUAUUGGCAUUGGUGUCCCUAAAGUCAUUUGCGCAUUAGAUUCUGAAGAGUCAACUUGGAGCAAUUGUAGAUUCCUCGUUUGUACAGAUAAAGGGGGGGUCUAUGAAUACACCAAUAAAAAAUGGGAACUGGUUUGGCAAGGACCACCCGAAUUUCAAUCAUACUGCCUUAUGGAAGUAGCGAGUGUCAAAAUCAAAGAAUCACUUGUUCAUGUGUGCGCUGUGGGGAAUAUUUGUGGAUCAGUGCAGGUUUUCCCAGUUGCAAAUCCAAAAGGUGGGAUAUGUUUGGUUGCAGGGAACGGGAAAAUUCAUAGUUUAAUAUGGCAAAAAGGAAGUGCAGAUGGAGGCGCUUGGUUGCUAGCUUCUGGAAGUGAUGGUCUGGUUUAUCGCUGGUGGGUAGAAGUAACAAAAAGAGAAUUACAAGUGGUAGAAAUGACAAGUUUUGAGCUGCCAAUGUGUACUAAAAGAUGGUUAACAGCAGCCAUAAGAGUUCAUCUGAUAGAAGAUGUUGCCUGGGUUUGUGGAGAUAGAAGAGGGUCACUACUUUUGUACCAAGAAUGUCAAAAUGCAACGAUGCUAAGUGGCGAAGAACAAACUCUGCUAGUGAAGUCUACUAGUCAAGCUGAUAAGGAGCUAGCCCAAAAACAAGGUUUAACAAAAUGUGCAAAUCAUGGAUUGGACAAAAAAGAUCUGCUAGUGGAAAAUCUUGCUAAUAAAGUAAGCCAAGAACUGGACGAUGAAAUUAAAAGAAAGAAAGAAAUUCAGGAAGCUAGCAUGCUUAAUCAAGAUACAAGCAAAGGUAGACUUAGGCAAAAGCUAACCCCAGUGAGUGCUUUGUUUGGCGUCCAUGGUAAACAAGGGGUGACUUCAGUUUUUGAACAUUCAGGUCUUUUUUACAGUACGGGACGAGACGGAUGUGUGAGAAUUUUUCAUUCAAAAAUGUCUGAAAGUCAAGAGUAUAUCCUGGAGGUCUUAAGAGUACAACGGGCUUGUAAAGGAAUGGAGUGGCUUGAAAAAAUACUGAUUUUGGAGACAAAAGUUGGUCAGGAAGUUAAACCUUUAGCUGCAGAAAACAAAGAAUCAACUGAAAUUAAUCAACUAUGUUUAAAAAAUACUGACAAACAAAAUGUCCAAGAAGCGCGCUUUGCAAUUGUUGGUUUUCACGGCAGCCAUUUUGUCGUAUGGGAUCCUGUUCGCCAAGAAAGAUUAUUGUCAGUUCUAUGUGGAGGUGGGCACCGAUCUUGGAGUCUUUGGACAGAUGAAAAAGGACAUUGGACUGAAAAUGGAGCUCUAGCUUUUAUAAAACAAGGUGCAGUUUUGACAUCAGAAAGAACUUUGAAGGAAGCCAACGGGAAAAUUGGUUGGAGUCUAAAAGAAGGGAUACAUGGAAGAGGAAUUGGGUGUGUUCACAGGUUAGGACGUAUUAUGAGUCAAAGAAAUGCAUGCUGGGAGAUUGUGGUGACUGGUGGGGAAGAUACGAGUGUCACCAUUUUGGCGUUGAACCCGAAAAAUGGCGAAAUGAAAGUGCUAGGUGUUCUGACAGAUCAUAUAUCGAGCGUGAGGGCACUGACUGCGGUGGCGAAACAAGAUGUUGGCAGGACGGCCUUGUCGGCACUUGUGGUGUCGGCAGGUGGGCGAGCUCAGAUACAGUGUUAUCGCCUUCUGAUUGGCUGUGGUGAAUGGGGAGAGACUUCCUGUCAGGUGAUCCAGGUCGCAGCACACCGAUUGGAUGAGCAGUGGGAGAGGAAAAGAAACAGGCACAAGAUGGUCAAGAUGGAUCCAGAAACUAGAUACAUGUCAAUGGCAGUUUUGGAGCAGACUCCAGACUCUUUGAUCUUAGCUUUGGCCUGUAGCGAUGGAGCUGUCAGACUCUUCUCUGUGAGUGAAGUGAAACACCACAUUGAGUUGUUGUGGGAGAGUUUCCAUCAUCAGCGCUGUGUGCUCAGUGUCGCCACCUGCUGUUUACAGGACACACAAUGCAAUAGGCAUCAGCUGCUGUUUUCCGCUGCUACUGAUGGACAGAUAGCUGUGUGGGAUUUCACCUCAUCUUCAUUGUCCAAUCAGAAUCCCUCUACACCUAUAUUCACCAUUCCUGCACAUCAGAGUGGCAUCAACUCCUUGGACAUUUAUCCAGUCUGUUUAAUCGACUUUCAUCACGUAACUGUUGCAAGUGGGGGAGACGAUGGCCAACUCACUGUUUCUCAAAUCAAAAUCCAGAUUGUUGAUAAUUCUGAUCCUCAAAAUCGGCUUUUGAUCAAUCUGGUAAACCAGUCUUGCAUCCCAUUGGCCCAUGCUGCUCCUUUGACCUCUCUGAAGCUACUAAACAAGAAUCAGAUUGUUUCUGCAUCUUGUGAUCAGAGAGUUUGUCUGUGGAGAAUAGGCAGCGCAGGGAUACACCACCAGAGGGCAGUGUGUUCCUAUGUGGCAGAUGCAGCAGCUUUAGCAGUUUGGGAAGAGGAAUAUGACCAGAAAAGUGGGUCAAGUGCUGAGGUGGUGUUUGGAGAUGGAGAGGAAUCAGGAAAUAAAAACGCUGGAGAGGUUUGUACCGAGAAAAGUGACACUGAAGGGGCCGAGGAAGGCUAUGUGCUGAUUUGUGGAUGUGGUUUACAGCUUAUACACGCUUCAGGAGCAGCGAUGUCCCGGCAGCGGCUGCCUGUGAUUGGUUCAUCUGGAGGCAAGACCAUUAAAGUUAAAGCCAAGCCUGCAGUCCCCUCAACACAGCGCCCCCCUCAGACCAGACCCCACAAGCGCAGCCAGCCCCAGACGUCAGUGCUGGUGUGUGACUCCAGUAUGGCCCCGUGGGGAGGUUUGGACCUAUCUGAAUCAUCUUUCACCUCCUUAUCACCACGACGACCCCCCAGUGCCCCUCCCCCUCCUCCCCCUGCCCCUCAGACCACGCCCGCCUCACCCUAUAGGACCAGAAAACAAACCAGGAACAACUCUGCCUCCACUGUCAACUCCAACAUGUCCACCCCAUCACCACUUCAGGCUUCACAGGACACAGAUGACCAAUCAGAGCGCAGGUGUUCUAGAUCUAAGAUGAAGUCCCUAGUCCUGAGUUUAGUCCCGGUUCUGUCCUGGUUGCCUCAGUAUAACCUACGACAGAACGCAGUGGUAGAUGUGGUGUCUGGAGUCAGUAUCGGCAUCCUGCACCUGCCACAAGGCUAA